AUGGAUAUAAGUUCUGAUGCAAUUAGUGUAAGAAGUGUCCGUUUGAACAAUGUUCUCCUCGGUGGUCGUGGUUAUGGCGUCAGUACAUUGUUGGCGGAAUUUAUGAACCGAGAAAGCCUCUUAGAUGCGUUCUGUCUGCUCUACAAUGAGUGCGAUAAGGAAUCACUACGAAAACGCGACAAACACAUUGCAGAAUUUGUCAACAAAUACAAAAGCAUAAUCGAAGAAACGCAACGUCUUAGAGUGAACGUGAGGGAUUUCAGUAUACGCAGCUUAAUAGGCAAAGGAUAUUUUGGAGAAGUAUACUUAGUUCUGGAGAAGCAAACAUGCGACAUUUAUGCUAUGAAAAAGAUAAGGAAGUCCGUUGUCACGACAUCACAAGUCCGAGAGGAGCGUGACAUAAUGUCCAAAAGAUGUUCCGAAUGGAUAACCAAUCUACAAUAUGCUUUCCAGGACAACGAACACUUAUAUUUGAUAAUGGAAUAUUUACCCGGAGGAGAUUUGUUAGGGUUGAUGUCCCGCCAUGGACCUUUUGACGAACAGAUGACAAGAUUCUAUUUAGCUGAACUUACUAUCGCAAUAAAUGCUCUUCACUGCAUGGGCUAUGUUCAUCGAGACAUUAAACCAGAAAAUAUACUAAUUGACCGUUUCGGUCAUAUUAAAUUGGGGGAUUUUGGCAAUGCCGCAGCAUUGGAUCGUGAUGGACAUGUUUUCAGCUUAUCACCAGUUGGUACUCCCGAUUACAUUGCCCCAGAGCUUCUGCAAACAAUUUCAACGUACAAGCUAACAAAGAAUAAGCACGACGUAAGUUGCGAUUAUUGGUCCAUGGGUAUCAUCGGUUUUGAGCUAGUUUGUGAAGUAACUCCUUUUCAUGAAGAUAAUGUUCACGAAACCUAUUCCAAAAUAUUAACAUACUGUGAAGAAAGCAAAUUAAAGGAACUUAUAACAUUCCCCGCCGAUCUGAAAUUGUCAAAUCAUUUUAGAAGUCUGAUUGAAUCGUUGGUAACGAAUCCGUCGAAACGCCUAAAUUACGAUGCAAUUCGAAAACAUGCCUUCUUUGAAAAUGUAAAGUGGGAAUCUUUGCGGUCUGAAGUACCACCAAUAAUACCAACUCUUCAAAGUGAAGAUGAUAUAUCAAAUUUUGAAGACUUUAAUCGUAAGAAAACUAAAGUCAUAAACACCGGUUCGAAUAAACCUCCAAUAACAUCCAAUGUAAACUCGAACGAAUUUUGCGGUAAAGAUUUACCAUUCAUUGGGUACAGCUUCGUGCAUAUGGAGCUGCAAAAAAUUGAACAUGGAGCCUUAGAGGAUGCGCGUUAUGCCAAGCUUAAUAACAAGCUUAAAGAAGAGCAAGCUAAGCACAAAGAACGGCUGGGGGAAAUCACAAAAUUGAAGCAGGAACUUCUCAGAGCAGAACUCAAAGCUAAGCAAUCAAAUACCCAAUCGCAGGCUUUAGAUGAUGCCAAGGGGGAAAUAGUUAAAAUGAAAAACAUCAUUAAAGAAAAAAAUAACGAAUUAGCAACCUGGCGUACCAAAAUUAAGACAUUGCAAAGUUCUUUAAAAAUCGAACAGGAGAUGUGGGCAAAGAAAGAGGCAACCAUAACAGAAUUGUUGCGUAUGAAUCGACAGAAGUAUGAUGAAGCCAAAAAUGCUUCCGACGCUGCAUACGAAAAGCGCAUAUUAGAAAAGAAAAUGGAGAUUGCCGCAAUUAACGCCAAGCUGGAUGAGCGUGAAGCCGAACUGUCACUUAAAAUUGAAGAAUGUGCACGUUUGCAGGAUACAAUGGAAAACUACAAGGAAAUGCUAAGACAACAUAAAGAACAGGCACAGAGAGAUCGGGAAGAAUUUGAGAAGAAUAAAAUGAGCUUGUCCGAAAUGUACGAACAGAAAUUGACCGAGUUAAGGGCGAAGUUGCGACACGAAAAGGACCACAAAUCGCGACUAACAAUGGAAUUGCGUGAUGUUCGUACAGAAUUGGAUGAUACCCUAAUAAGUACAAGAUCUUCAGAAGAGGCUAAAAAGGCGUCUGCCAAAAGCAACGACGACAUUCUCAAACGCCUCAAUAAAGAAAUUGAUGCUAAUAAUGAAUUGCACAAGCAGAAUUCUGAAUUACAGCAUAAAUAUGCCGAAAUGUCAAAGAUAUUUGAGUCGCUACAACAAGAAAAUAGCCGAUUGGAAAGAGAAUUGCAGGUUGCAGAAUGUGGAAAAAAUCUAGCUAAAAGUGAAAUAGCCACCGAGUCUUCUCCAUAUGAAACAGCACCAGGAUCUAUGUCCGACAUUCGGAUGAUCGAAGAACAGUUGAGAGCUGACUUAGAAGUAGCAAAAGAGAAUGAAACUACACAAAAAGCUCGAGCGGACAAGUUACAGGAAAUAGUUGAAAAGUUGGAGGAAAUGCUUGAGAGAUUUAAUGAACAGUCAUUAUCUCCUACAAAACCAAUGCCGGCUCCGAGAAUCCACAAUAUUGCAGCUGGCGAUAUUUUAGAAAAACAAAACGAAAGGUUAGAAGACAAAUUGGCAGCAGUUCGCGAACAAAUGAUCGUGGAGAGGCAGUCAGCGCGUACGGCUAAUUUAGCAUUAUGGAAGGUGGAAAAACAACUGGAGGAGGCACUAGCCGAUAAAAAAAUGACCCAGAGGCGAAUGGAAUUGACCGAAGAGCGAAUAAAAAAAGUCCAAGCUGAACGAGAGGAAGCAAAGCGUUCUCUAAAAUUGUCCGAAGAAUCUCUAAAACAAAGGGAAGAAAGAAUAGACGAACUGAAACAGGAAAUAAUUAUUUUAAAGGCAGAUAUACUUAAAGAGCAUCGUAUGUGGGAAACUGCCGAAAAGGAACGCAUGGAGAGCAAGUCAGAGUUAAUGCAACAAAUAUCAAAAUGUAAGCAGCUUGAGGAUCGUUUUGGUGAUUUACGGCAGCAACUUCACCAGUGGCAACAGAAGUGUGAUAAACUCGGCAUCGAAAAUACUCGGCUAUUUAGAGACAUCGGCGAAGAGAAAGAGUCGCACGGCAAUACCCAAGAUCAGCUAUCAGCUACCCAAAUAGAACUGAAAAAUCUGAAAGACAAUUACGAGAGAUUGAAAUAUGCAUGUACAGUGACAGAUAAGCAACUGACGGAGGUGGAGGCAAUGCUUGAAAAAGAGCAGAAAUGUAACAAGAGUCAUCAAGAAAAAUUGGACACUUUAUAUGCACAGAUACGCGAAAAAGAACAACUGGAAUCUGAGUUGAAAACAAAAUUAAGAGAAGAACAAACCCUUAAUAGAACUUUGGAGACAAAGACUGCAUGCUUGUCCCAGGAAAUACAAGACCAUUUAACAGCACUGGAAGAUAUGAAGGACAAAAUGGCGGAGCAGCAACAGCAUUUGGUGGAACUAACCACGGCACUCUAUGCGUCCCAAGAAAAGGUCGAGGUCCUACAGAAUGAAACCCAAAGUACACAAGUAGCUAACGAAAAAUUAGAACGCGAAUUGAUACUGCUCAAGGAAGAAAAUGCUCGCAUACUUUCGGAUCUCUUUCAUGCCAAGGAAGAAGCGCAGGGCUUACAACAAGAUCUUUCCAAUUCGCUAGCUACUAAUUCUGAAUUACAAGGUGAAUUGCAGGACUUCAAACGAAUUCUGGAAGAAAAGGAAAACUUCUUCUUGCAAAGAGAUAUUAAGUCAGAGGCUACGCUGUCACAACAUAAGAAGCUUAUCGAUUAUCUGCAGUUAAAAGUGGAGGACCUGACACAAAAGAAAAAGAAAACUUUAGCUGACAAAAUUUUUGGGCAUCAUUCGAACGCUGUUCCUAAUAAAAAGGAGCUACAGUCUACAAUUGAAAACUCAAUACUUUAUCGCACGCUACAGGAAGAACUUAAACGGGAGAAAAUGCGUUGCAGAUCACUACAGGAACAACUGGAUAAGCUACAAGAGAAUAAGGCAAGCACAAUGCGACGGUCGCCGUUGAAAGCAAAAGAGAACAAAAUAGAGCAAAAUGAUAAUCUCAGAAAAACUCCUACCAAAAAAAUUCUACAAGACGAAAGCCAAAAUAAAGGUGAACGCUUGCCAUCAAGCCCUAUAAAGAAUGGAAAUGAGACACACCUUGCUGGGGAAUCGGCUAAUUACGCACCAUCGCAUCAUCGAUUUGAGUUGGCAUUACAGGAAGGCAGUGGCGGAACCGACAACUGUUCAGUUUGUCAGAACCUUAUAGUUGCAGGUUCUCCAUUUUGGAAGUGUAGAGAAUGUAAGGAUUCAGUUCAUAGAAAAUGUCGGGGUUCCGCCAAACAAGACUGUGGUGGAAUAGGUCUCAUAUUGUCCGGUAAUGCGAACAACGGUAGUUCCACUGAUAGUAUAGCGGCAUUAAUACAAGAACCAUCGGCUCCACAAGAAACAGAUUUAGAUUCAGAGUCCAUUGGAAAAUAUUCGUAUGAAGCGAAAAUUGAUGAGUGCGGUGCUGGCAAUUCCGACCAGUCGUCAAAAUCCAACCUCAACAAAAGUACUCUCGUGUUUGCCAUAACAUCUAUUCAAAAUGAAACUCCGUUGGAAGUAACAUGCGCCUAUGAAAUUGAAGAGAAAAAGAUUUUAUUGCUAGGUUGCAAUACUGGUCUUUAUGCCUUACACAUUCAGACUAAGAACCUAGUCCAUAUUGCUGGCAUAGAUGCCGUAAGCUGCAUUGCGAUAUCUCAGACUCUGGCCAAGGCCAUCAUGGUUGGAUCACAUGGAGAGUCCCUUUAUCAAUGUGAUUUUCGCCAUUUACAAUCCCGAUGUCAAGCGAGUGCUUGUCUAAAUCCCGCCUUAGAAGCAUCCGUUUUGGAAUUGCCAUUUGCAAACCGAACCUCUGCCGAGAAGUGGCAAUUAGUGCAGAUAUCCCAGGAAAGUGACCAACCCUUAGAUACAGUAGCCAUAGCUGCAACCUCUAAUCGCAUUGUUAUACUGAAAUAUGACGUUAAAUAUCAAAAAUUUAAGCCGGUCCGCGCUCUUGAUACCGCCACAGCUGUGACGUCAAUAUUGUACACCCGUCACUCGGCAAUUGUAACCUCAGAUAAAUUUUUCGAAAUUGACUUAUCCACUUAUGGCGCUGAGGAAUUUUUGGAUCUAUCUGACAAAACACUUUCGCACACGCACAGCUAUACACCCGUCAGUGCCCUGCGAAUAUCGAAACAUGAAUUUCUACUGUGUUUCAUGGAAAGUGGUAUAUUCGUUGAUGAAUACGGCUGUCGCUCUCGUCCUUACGAUAUCCAUUGGGAGUACACGCCAUGUGGCUUUCUCUACAGGGCGCCAUUUUUGUAUGUCGCUCAUUUCCAAUCCGUACAAAUCAUACGCAUACAUCGCUCAUACAGUCAAGAGGUAGCGUCAACCUCUGUUCAAAAGGAUACCGAAGCAGACGAGGACGAUUCAAGCAGUCCGAAUUUUAAACGCUCUUAUCUGACAUUCUACAUGCCAACACUUCUGACAGAAAGCAGCAAAUUGGGUGCAUUUAUUCUUGCGAUACAAAAAUCAAGCGGAAUGCAAGAAAUUCAUCAUGUGGACGCGUUGCACACAUUUAAGCAGCAACACAAUGAUUCGGUGGAGACGAUAUCGUCAGUUGGGACUUCAAUAACAAUGUCGACUAUCAAUUGA